AUGCUUAAUAGGAUGAAAGAAAAUAUACGCUUUGCAUUCAUGGCAUCCUAUUUCGAGCUGAAACGGCCCGAGGAACACGUGUUCUUCUCCCGCCUUAAUGAUGCGUCUGGCUUGCCACACUGGCGACGUCACUUCCGGCAGGCAUCACAUAUUCAAUUGUCUGAACACGAAGCAGAUAGAGAAGUGAACAUUAUCUAUCUAUCUAUCUAUCUAUCUAUCUGUCACACUCUUCAUAUGCAUAUGUCACGCUCUGAACAUCUAUCUAUCUAUGACACGAUCCAUAUUCAUUUAUCCCGCUCUGUGCAUCUAUCUAUCUAUCUAUCUAUCUAUCUAUCUAUCUAUCUAUCUAUCUAUCUACUAUCUCUUCAUAUGCAUAUGUCACGCUCUGAACAUCUAUCUAUCUAUGACACGAUCCAUAUUCAUUUAUCCCGCUCUGUGCAUCUAUCUAUCUUAUCUAUCUAUCUAUCUAUCUAUCUAUCUAUCACGCUUUUUACAUCAAUUUAUCACAUUCUUCAUAUCACUCUGUCACGCUCUAUAGGAGUAGGAAGGAGUUUCCGGUACUCUCUCUCUCUCUCUCUCUCUCUCUCUCUCUCUCUCUCACUGGCCUCUUACAUCUAUCUAUCUAUCUAUCUAUCUAUCUAUCUAUCUAUCUAUCUAUGA